ACGUGCUAUGUCGGCACCAGUGCGUAGUUUCGAUGAAACGGCAAAAGGUUCAGCAUUUUUAGCCACCAAACGAAAAUCGCGACGACGAAAACUGAAUGCACGCAAUAUAAGCUGUGACAAGGGAUCCAACGAUAUUUUAACAGCAAAAGAUUUAAAUUUUGAUGCGAAAUCGAGCUUAAAUAGAAAAGUUCUAACUCGCUCCAAAUCGGUGGCACCUGAUGUCAUUACAUUGGUGUCACUUAUUAGUUCAGAGGGUUCAGAUUCGGAAAAGGAAGAUUCUUCCAUAACUCCAACCAAUUCGCAUAAAGGUAGUCCCACAAGAAGGCCACCUUCCUUAAGGAAGACCGGAAAAUCGGUUUCAUUCCAAGAAAAUUAUCCACCAGCCUUUCAAUUUGCCUCCAAAGAAUACUCUCACAUGCUGAGGAGGGGCUCCAUAGCACCUGUAGCCCAACGUAUCAAAUCGAAUAGACCACCUACAGCACCAGCUGGUUCAAUAUUUCAUACAGCACGCAGCGAAAUGCCCGCCAGCAACAUUGAGACGAGCGAGGAAAGCGAACAUCUUGAGAAUAUAAACAAUAAUGUGAGAAAUACACUGUCACAAUCCCAGUCCGACAAACCAUUGGAAGAUGAAUAUGAAUUUCCCGAAUAUGUGCGCAGUCUUAAAGAACGCGAAUGCUGGAAAUUGUAUAUGAAAAUGUCCACAAAGGGGGUGAAUAUUACGUAUGACACUAUUUUGCGCGGCAUGUUGACGCCUACGGAAUUUCGUCAAUUACAAAAGCAGCGGGAAAUUGAGGAAGCCAAGGCCCUGAAAGAAGCUGAAGAGAGUGGUUUGGUGGAGGAAAGAGCCAAAGGUUCACCUACUGCUAUCGAAAGACUUAAGGAGAGUUUAUUGAAAAAUUAAUUGGAAAAUCCUAAAAUAUUUAUACAUUUUGUAGUG